AGUCUCCGUGAAGAGUAAAGAAGCAAAGUAUCUAUCGCAAUGUUUUUGAGGUUAUAUUCUCCGUGCCUCGAUUAAUAAAUUGCUUAAGAAUGCCCUUGAGACGCAACCACAUGAAUAGUACAUGAAGAAAAUGUGCGUCGCCUCGUGAAAAUCAGUCUUGAGGAAGGGCUGGGCCUGGAGCCUAUAGUUAAAAAAAGAUUAUGCCAAAUGAGCCAAGAGGCCCGCUUGACAUAGCCGCAGUGUCAUUAUCGCCCACGUAUGCUAACUGUAUGCGCAAUUGAAUUUCUUUCGUAGUGCUUUAUGCGUCCUCCGCGUUCUGAAACUGAUUCAGCGGCACCUAAGGCGUAUUCAUCAUGGCAGCACUUUAACAGUCAGUGCCAUCUUGUGGUAUCAGACUUUACUCGGAACAUCUAUCGUGUCAAUUACUUGAAGUAUUCACCGAGGAAAGUGCAACUGACUUACGUUGUCGAUGGAAUCGACGGGCAGCGUGUUACGGAGAGGAAGGAAAAGUCUCUGGAGCGCGUUGUGGGUGCGGAGAGCGCGUGGGUGUUUCGCCAUUAUGUACCUGACACCAUGGCGAGGUUGGAGCACGUAGUCGUGCUGGAAUCACCGAUGUAAAAAGGCCACCAGAAGUCAAGAAUUCAUGCGUUCAGCCUAAAGACCUGAAUCCUCACGUUUCGAGCUUCCUCGCACCGCCCGUAACGCAGCAUCCCAGAUCACGGGGAAUUCAGACGUAUUUAAAUCCCAUCCGACGUCUUGGGACUUAACGUGAUCGCAACCAAGCGACAAUACCGACCUUCGAUCUUAGCGAGCAUUAAUCGCCGAUAAGAAGCUGUCACGCUGUCUGGUAAUACGCGUUGGAUGUGCAUUUAUUUUAUCUCAUUCCUCCCUUUAUUUCUCAGCUAGUCGAUUAUGUUAAUUGCCUCGAAGAUCUAUCUGGGCGAUCGUACACUGAGACCAUAGCCUGUUGCGAAAGAUUUUCUUACUACGAGUCCCUGCCCGGUUGACAUACGUACAAGACAGUAAGAGAACGUCGAUAUAUCCAGUGUCUUAUUUAUUCUUAAAUUUAAAAAGAUCACUUUU